GGCAAGGCAACCGGUUCUCCGUUCCAAAACCCAACCAAAGCCCUCGCUCUCCCCGCCCCUUUCCUCAUCCCCCGAUUCCCCCGCCAUGGCGCCCGGUGCCCUAGCCCGUCUCCUCGUCGGCCGCGCCGCGCCCACUCCUCUCCUCGCUCGCCCCUUCGCCGCGAAGGCCCGCGCGUCGCGCCGGCCGCAGGAGCCGGACUUCCCGUCGGAGGACGAGGACGACUCCGCCGGCGGCGAGGUAGCCGCGCCCACCGAAGGCAUCAGCAAGCCUCUCGCCGAGGUCCUCAGGGAGCUCGGGAAGAGGGUCCCCGAGUCCCUCGUGAAGACGCGCGUCGACGAUGGCUUCGCCAUCAAGUACAUCCCAUGGCACAUUGUUAACAAAAUUCUUAAUGUGCAUGCUCCAGAAUGGUCUGGUGAGGUUCGCAGCAUUGUUUAUUCAUCUGAUGGAAAAUCUGUAUCUGUUGUUUACCGUGUGACUCUCCAUGGAACUGAUGCGGAGAUCUACAGAGAAGCCACUGGAACAGCUUCUGUUGAUGAUACAGGCUAUGGAGAUCCUGUGCAGAAGGCUGAAGCAAUGGCUUUUCGCCGAGCUUGUGCCCGUCUUGGUCUUGGACUUCAUCUCUAUCAUGAAGAUAUGUCAUAAAUGCUUAAUUUUAAUUAUGUGCGGUGUGAAACUCUGGCAUGUCUCGUGGUGCGCAGACCCCUGUCCUUGGGCUAUCAUUUUGUGCAGGAUGCACUUUUCUUGUGCAUGUUAUGAAUGGGCCAGCAUAUGAAGCCAAGUGUUUUAGUUUGUCGCAUAGUUGGUUAAAUGUAAGCUACUAAUGCAAACUAUUAGUUAUUAUGAACCAUGUUGUUCCAAGACAUAUGGCCCCAUUUCGUAUCAAGAAAUUCCUGGUUCUUGCUGGAAUUAAUUAUUUCCUA